AUAAAGAGGGUUUUCUGUAUCCUAAAUCUCUUCACAGUCAGAACAGCAGGAGAAGACAGUCACAGCCACCAGCUGACAUUUUCGGAACGAGAAGACCAUGAAGACGAUUCUGUUUAUCAGUUUUGCUCUUGGGCUCAUUGCCAUAGCCUCUGCUCUAACGUGUAAAACAUGUGAUUUCCGUUUCGUCUCCUUGUGCAUCACUGGGUCUUCAAAUAAAGAGUGCACUGGAAACUGCUCCCACACCAGCGCCUCAUUUGGUUCAUUUUCCUUGUUCAGCAAACAGGGUUGCAAACCGAACUGUACAGAUGAAAAAGACGUGACAGACAGCACCUUUAACUUUCGGUACAACACCACAUGUUGUAACACAAAUGAGUGUAACAGCGGAAGCGCCGUAAAGUUCUCGGUCUCCCUUGGGCUGGGCAUGGGGCUCCUCUGGCUUCUGAAUGCUGUGUGAGUCUUCUCCGCCGCAGGCACUGCAGACGUAACACUAUAGGAUUGCCUUGAAGCAAGGCUGAAUGAGUAUAUGCAGAUGCUAUAAAUUACAACAACACUGGACUGCUUCCUAAGUACUUGGCCUACAAGUCACAGUCAGGCAUUCUAUGACUUGGCUUAGUCCUAAAAGGCGAACAAGUCCCCUUACCCUUUAUGGCUUUUCUCCUAUUCUUUUCCAUUUAUCACCACUUUUCUCCUAUUCUUUCCCAUUUAUCACCACUUUUCUCCUAUUCAUUCCCAUUUAUCACCAUUUUUCUCCUAUUCUUUCCCAUUUAUCAUCACUUUUCUCCCAGUCUUUUCCAUUCUUGACCUUUAGCCGGACCACAGUCUGUGAAUAUGAGGUCUUCCGAUCGGACUGAUUCACACCAAUGGGUCUACUCCUUCUGCACUUCCUUUACAGAGUCUCCUCACAAAAUGACAUGCCUCUUUGAUUUGUUGAAUUCAAUACCAAAUAAAAAAAAAUGUUGUA